AUGCAAGAAGGUGGCUGUUUAUGUGGCGACAUCCGGUAUUCAUAUACUGGCGAGCCUGUUGUAAAUGCUCUAUGCCACUGUAACGACUGCAGAAAGCUUUCUGGUAGCACCUUCAGUCUCAAUUUCCUUGUCCCAGAAGGCAACUUCAAACUUAUCUCUGGAUCCCCAAGAACCUUUACGAAGACGGCCGACAGCGGCAACAAUAUCACAAGCUACUUUUGUGGGAACUGUGGAACGACGCCCUUUCGAGACGGUGACUCCUUCCCAAAUCUGAAAAUUAUAAAGGCUGGCACUUUGGAUGAUUCUACCAUUCUUAACGAUGCGAAACCAAACCUGGAAGGUUAUGCUCCAUCCCGUUUGAAGUGGAUACCUGCCAUUCCAGAAGCCUCGCAGCAAAGCCCUAUAUCUUAA